CUUCCUGUAUGCUGCUGCCGCCGGGUGUCCAUGGCCCGCACCCCCAAGCUGCCACUGCAGCAAUCAGAGUGGCAGCCAGAGGCUCAGUCCAUGCCGGGCCCCCUGGACAGUGCCGGCGAGGCUGAGCAAGAGGCCUCGGCGUCUCGACACCUAGGAAAGCGGACUAUCACCAGGGUGGACCAUGUUGCGCCGUAAGCCCUCCAACGCCAGCGAGAAGGAGCCCACUCAGAAGAAAAAGCUCUCACUUCAGCGCUCCAGCAGCUUCAAGGAUUUUGCCAAAUCCAAACCCAGCUCCCCUGUGGUGAGCGAGAAGGAAUUUAAUCUGGAUGAUAAUAUUCCAGAAGAUGACUCAGGCGUCCCUACUCCAGAGGAUGCUGGGAAGAGUGGCAAAAAGCUGGGGAAGAAGUGGAGGGCCGUGAUUUCCCGAACCAUGAACAGGAAGAUGGGCAAGAUGGUGGUGAAGGCCCUGUCGGAGGAGAUGGGAGACACUCUGGAGGAGGGCUCAGCCUCCCCGACGUCUCCAGACUGCAGCCUGGACAGCCCUGGCCCUGAGAAGAUGGCGCUGGCCUUUUCCGAGCAGGAGGAGCGGGAGCUCCCAGCACUCAGCCGCCAGGCAUCCACGGGCAGUGAGCUCUGCAGCCCCAGCCCGGGCUCCGGCAGCUUCGGGGAGGACCCGCCUGCCCCCCAGUACACAGGGCCCUUCUGCGGCCGGGCACGAGUUCACACCGACUUCACUCCCAGCCCCUAUGACCACGACUCACUGAAACUGCAGAAAGGGGACGUGAUCCAGAUCGUUGAAAAGCCGCCCGUGGGGACGUGGCUGGGCCUGCUCAAUGGCAGGCUGGGCUCUUUCAAGUUCAUCUACGUGGAUGUGCUGCCCGAGGAGGCCGCGGGUCCUGCCCGCCCCAGCCGCCGACAGAGCAAGGGCAAGAGGCCCAAGCCCAAGACUCUGCACGAGCUGCUGGAGCGCAUCGGCCUCGAGGAGCACACGUCCACCCUGCUGCUCAACGGCUACCAGACGCUGGAGGACUUCAAAGAGCUGCGGGAAACACACCUCAAUGAGCUGAACAUCAUGGACCCGCAGCAUCGGGCCAAGCUGCUUACGGCCGCUGAGCUGCUGCUGGACUACGACACUGGCAGUGAGGAAGCGGAAGAGGGUGCCGAGAGCAGCCAGGAGCCAGUGGCACACACGGUGUCGGAGCCCAAGGUGGACAUCCCUCGCGACUCCGGCUGCUUCGAGGGCUCCGAGAGCGGGCGCGACGAGGCGGAGCUGGCGAGCGCCGAAGAGCAGCUGCACAGCCUCUCCCUGGCCGGGGCGCCUUGAGGCCGCAGUGGCUCAGGCCGAGGCCAGGCAGGCAUCCUGCGCGGAUGGGCCCGGCCUCCCACAGUGUCCCCAGGCCAGAGGACUGUCACUGAGCCGGCUCAUUUCCCCCAGGGGUCCCCUGGGCCACAGAGGCCGGCCGGGCCCUAUAAGGUGUGGCUGGAGUACACGCUGAGCCACCAAGGCACAUCGUCUGCCCGACCACCUCCAUCCGCCAGCUACUGACAGCACAGCCCUUCCAGUUGCAUCUGCAGCAAGGAGGGGCACCAAAGGGCCACCGGGCCCCUGUCCCUCACCACCAAGGCCUCCAAACCCUCCUCACCUGCACACCACCUUCCCUUCUCACUGCUUCUGAAAAGGGGGCCGAAGUCAGUGGUUCAGGUCAACACCCGAGCAAAGUCUGGCCACUGAAAAGGACUCUUCUCUGAACACGGGGAGAAUCCAGAUCUUCCUCAAUAAGGUUUGAAGAAAGCCACAUGUAUCUUUUCUACUUACCCUCACCUUAACUUUUUUUUAUAUAGGUUUAGCCACUAAAUCACUCUCACUUGAACACAGAGUGCCUUCCUCAAUCUGGGUCGAGGACUGGUCAGGAUAAGAAUGAAUAGUCAGGAUAAGAAUGGCUGGUUGCUGAGGGCCUUGCCAACUCUGACAUUCUGUGACAUUAAAUGCCUGCUGUCCUGUUACCUGCAGCCCAGGACACCAGUGGGUUUCACUGAGGGGGCUGGAGAGGCCUCGGCUCCUCCUGCUUAUCCUCUGCAUACCUCUGUGAGUAACUCAGGCCAAGCUGCAACUCCCCCAAGCUUAAAACAAUGCCCAUACCUCAGACAAUGCGCCCCCACCUUCCACUCCCAGCUCCUCAAUGACGUUUUCCCCCAAGGCUGGUGGCAGAUGGCCAGAUGUGGCUUCCAAGGAUAGACCGGCCCCUCGGAAGCUGAAUGCAGGUCCAGGCCGGGACAGCACAAAGCUUGACGUUGGGGAGUCUACUACUCCGCCUUUGCUCUGCUACAGGUUUUGAUGUAUCUUGAACUUCAGAAGGGGAGGGAGAGCGUUGGUAGGGGCCUCCCUUGAUCCCAGUACCAAGUCUGUACCCUCAAUUCCGAGAGUAACCCUUGUGCCCACUUCUUGGAUUGGCUGCCUAGUGUGGACACACUUCUGGACCUACUACCAGGAAUUCUGGUAGAAGGUAUCCUGGGGGAAUGUUUGGGGUGUAAAUACAACGGGGUGUGGGGAGACAGGUUAGUAGCAAUAAACGGUAGAACUAAA